UUCGACCUGUACGUACGGUAGUUUUUAUUUUAUUUUUUUUUAUUUGACUUAGCGUAAACCAAAUUUUUAGCUCUUUUUUUUUUGACUUAGCGUAAACCAAAUUUUUAGCUCUUUUUUUUUUUAAAUUUAAGUCAGACUGCCUUGCAAUUUCCAUCCUCCGAUCAUGGCAGCAGCCCGAUCGCCACUGAAGACGCCACUGGCUCGGCCAGUGCCCAACAAGAAGGCAUUAGAAGGCAGCACCAGUAGCAAUGGGGAGACCGGCGAACUGGUCGCUCAGAUCGGUCUGGCACAUGGCCAGCGCAGGGGGUGUUGUGCACCUCAAAACAGCUUCGUGAACCUGAUGGUUCAGCUGGGGCCUUCGGAGUCCUCCACUGCUGAAAAGGAGCCCAAGAAGAAAACGGCACCGAUAAAUAUACAUCUGAAAAGGGAGAUAGAGACACUGAGAAGGAAGAACGAGCAGAUGCAGGCCAAAAUACGGGCCGUUAGCAAUCCGGUGGACCGCACUGAAGGAGGGGGCCCGCCAACGGCACCAACAAUCAAGACCAACUGGAGCAGGUACUGGACGUCAUGCGACAGCCUGACAUCCAUCAGUCCCUCCAUGCAGCCUUGCUACUGUGUCAACUGCAAGCGCAAGCAGAACCGGCAGACCGUCAGCCAGGUCGUUGAGCACGUUUCGAGAGUAACGCCUCGUCUCAGGUUUCAGAGUUUCGGCCGCUUCUCGAACGCCAACGGGCUGCCAACGAUGCCCUGCUUGAGCUCCGAUGCUACCGCAACGCCGUCGAUGGGGUCCUGCUUGAGCCUCAAUGACACCGCAACGCCGUCGAUGAAGUCCUGCCUGAGUCCCCCUAUCCUCUCGGCCCAGUCGACGCACUCGAUGGUGACAUGCCUGACCUCCGAUGGCCACCCGAUGGAACCUGAAAUACCCGAAAACGGAAUUCCCGACCCUGGAUGGACUUCGCCGAUGGUGGUGACAGCCAUAUCCUCGCUGCCCAUUCCUCCACAGGUGCCAUGCGGCACACAGACAGAGGAACAGCCAACGACAAGUGCCCGUGGGCCUCGGUUCAAGACCGAGAAGCGGAGGACACGUUUGGCCAGGGGACGGGCAAAGUCUGCCAGAAAGCUCAGAGCGGCCCUGAAUGUAAUGGACGCUAAUUUUGACAGCCAUAUCCUCGCUGCCAAUUGCCCCACAGGUGCCAUGCGGCACCCAGAAAGGGGAGCAGCCAUCCACAAGUGCCCGUGGGCCUCGGUUAAAGACCAAGAAGCGGAAAAAGUCAUCCAGAAAGCUCAGCGCGGCACCGCACUUGUUCAAGAAAAUUCUGGUGGGGACGGUGGUGGGAUUCCUGUUCGUCGGGAUGAUUAUUGCACUGUUCUUUACGGAUGUGCCAUGAGAAAUUAGAAAUUGAGAAUUAAACAAAAUUUUACAUUUA